CGUACAGCUUCACCGUAUGAAUUCUAUGGUCGCCCAAUAAAAAUAUCACGUAAAUUGCCGGUUCGUGGUGCGCAGGGUGAUGCAGGUGAAGGCACCGAAGAAUUGAAUGCCGAAAUGUAUCAGGCAGAGUUUGCUGCUUACAAAGAGUUUUUGGAAUUCAAAGAAGAGCUUGACAUCUUUUAUAGUUAUACGACGAAUCAAAAAUCAAUCAAUCACGGACGAGUAUUUUCUUCGUUGGAAAGAGGCCAACGCACAUACGGUGUCAUUGAAGUAACGGGUGAUCUUGCCUACUACACCGGUAUAUGGCAAAGAGUCGAAAUUAUGGGCAUAAAGGUAGGUAUUUUUCAUAAUAAUUUGAUGAAUUGUAACUAA